AUGCCGUCCGCGACGAGGAACCGCAGCGUCAGCGAGUUCAUCCUCCUCGGGCUGUCCGGUGACGGGCAGGUCCAGGCCCUGCUCUUCGCGCUCUUCCUGCUGGUUUACCUUCUGACCCUCGCGGGGAACCUGCUGCUGCUGCUGCUGGUCAGGAUGGACCCCCACCUCCACACCCCCAUGUACUUCUUUCUGGGGCAACUGUCCUUCCUAGACCUCUGCCACUCCUCCGUCACAGUGCCCAAGCUGCUGGAGAACCUCUUGUCGGCCAAGAAGACCAUCUCGGUGGAGGGCUGCCUGGCCCAGGUCUUCUUCGUGUUCGCCACCGGAGGCACGGAGUCCUGCCUGCUGGCCGCCAUGGCCUACGACCGCUACGUGGCCAUCAGCUCCCCGCUGCUCUACGGUCAGGUGAUGAACAGACGGGUGUGCGCCGGGCUGGUGUGGGGCUCGUGGAGCCUGGCUUUUCUGGAUGCCCUCAUCAACAUCCUCGUCGCUCUGAGCUUAGAUUUCUGCGAGGCUCAGCAGAUCCACCACUUCAGCUGCGAGCUGCCCUCUCUCUAUGCUCUGUCUUGCUCUGACGUGUCUGCAAGCUUCACCACCCUCCUCUGCUCCAGCUUCAUCCACUUCUUUGGGAACUUCCUCCUGAUCCUCUUCUCCUACGCUCGCAUCUUGCUCACCAUCCUAGCCAUCAGCUCCGCCUCAGGGAGGAGCAAGGCCUUUUCUACCUGCUCUGCCCACCUCACGGCCGUGACCUUCUUUUACGGCUCCGGAUUGCUCCGCUAUCUCAUGCCAAACUCAGGUAGCAUCCAAGAGCUCAUCUUCUCCUUGCAGUACAGUGUCCUCACCCCCAUGCUGAACCCCCUCAUCUACAGCCUGAAGAACAAAGAGGUGAAGGCAGGUUUGAGAAGAAUGCUGAGGAAAUAUUUGUAGUGUUUCAAAUAAUGGACUAAGAGAUGGAGAAGUGGGUAGAACUCUGUUGAACAGUGCCCGGGGGCUGAGGUGCCCUCCUGGCUGUGUCUCUACAAAUCUUCCUUCUUUUCUUAAAGGCGCAGAGUUACUUUCUUGGGAUGAUGUUCGUUUGGCCAUACUCAGAGGAUCAGCUAAACCUGUGGCCUAACGCCUUUUCUUGUAAGGCGCUGUGUUUAGGCACUGUAUGCAGUCUGGUGGACAGUUGCUUUCUGUUCAGCCUGUCUCCCAUCAUUCUUCCAGAAGCUGACCUCCAUUUGUUCAGUGUGGCUUCAUUCAUCACGGUGUCUCAAAGUCCUUUCUCAGCCCUGGUUGGAAUUCAGUCCUUCCGUCUGCUGCUGGUAGAGAUGUGAGCACAGCCGUAGACCCUUCGCUCUCUGACGAGAGUCUUUCUUUGGCAGCGCUCUGCCAGUUUGUGCAAGAACCCCUGCUGCCAAGAUCACGGAGUUAGCCAAGACUUCAUUCUUUAAAGGCCAGAUGUGCAAGCGUGAACCAUGGUCGGAGCGUGUCACUAGAGGUUCAUGCUAUGUCUUGUAUCGUGCUAAACCAUUUGCUAAUGCAUUUGCUACCGCAGCAAAUGCAUUGCGUAAAUAAGUUUGUUAUCCCUCAUCGAAGGGAGAAAAAAAGGUCACAGAGAGGAAAGUAAUACGGUUGGAAUUUUGAGCCAGUCAGACUUAGACCAAAACCUGUUUCAUUACCGUAUUGAUAAUGGACCCUCCUGUGCUCCUGGACUCAAUUAAUGAAUUGUGUUCUUAGUGUUCAUCACUGUUUUCUAUUAUUUUAAGUCUGGGUUAGGCUUGGCCAUUUAAAAAAAAAAAAGGAAGAAAAGGACAGAAUUUCAACAAACAUGCCUUCGAUUGUGAAAGGUAAUUGUGGGAUUAAUGAUAAGAAUUCAGAGAGGAGUAUAGAAUAAGUUGUUGUGGUAAAAAUGAUUUCUUUCUCAGAGUGCCUUUUGUUGUUGUUGUUUUGACCUGUUUAUAAGCUGCCAGUUCCCUCCCCCCCACCCCCAUGCUGGAGCCCUCAGCAGCAAAGAACAUAAAUUCUAACCAAACAAAAGAAAACAACACACAUACACAAAACAUACAAAGAGAGGGGAGGGAGAGGAAAAUGAAGGAGAGGGAUGGAGGCAGGGGAGAGGGAGAGGAGGACAAGGGAGGGGCAGGAGGAAGACACAGGACAUUUUCUUGUAUCUAGUCUCUCUCCUGCCAUUUAAAGAAUACUGAAAUGGUGUCUGCCGAGAGAGGGAGAAUCCAGAUUCUCCAGGGAUGAGGCUUCUACACGGCUAUCCGAUACCAAGUGGUCAGACAAAGAACUUGAGAGGGAGUUUGUGGAUGGGAGAGGAGUAGGGGGGAGGAGAGGGCAGAAACAAUGUAGGUACAGCACACAUAGAGGAAACUUUAAAAACAUGUUUUACCCUGUUUAUUGUCCAAGAAGUAUGUCUUAAGUGUGGAAGUCAUGGGUUGAGAAGCUGAGAAUUCACUUAGGGUGAGUUCUCCUCACAUGUGUCUCUCUCACAGUCAGUCUCUUCCUGGUCACCGUCCAGCCCGUGAGCUCAGGAGCAUCGAGGUCAUGGCCGGGCAGGUCCCCAAGGCAGUUCUGCGUGUGAUCUUCCUGAAGAGCACACACGGCCUUCGUUGGCCUGAGAUGUGUGUCUUCUGUCUUUUGUGGUGAAGGGUCAAGCACUCUUACCACUUGGUUAUUUCUAGUGUAUUUGAUGUUGUGGUGUUUAUUGGUGUCUUAUUCAUAGAUUGUAUUGAAAUUUUAAAAUUCUUUCAUCUUGAAGGGCAAUAGUUUUUAUAUAAUUUUAUGUACCUAAUUUUUUUUAGGUUAAUUUAGUGGCCAGAACCUUGAAAAUUGUUUUCUUGUACUGGGAUUGAUGAGAAUGCUGCUCUUGCUUCAACGUUAUAGAAGGUGAUUUUCCUUUAGCUUUGGAUGAACACCUCGUCAAGGGAAUUCUGUUCUAAUCUUAGUUUGCUAAGAACUGGGAGGGGCCUUUAUCUGUUUUUUGUUUUUCUUUUUGCUUCUAUCAAGGAUUAUUUGUCUGUUUUCCUGCUGUGUAGCAACCAUCACAGAGGAUAUAUGCAAGUAAAGUAUGCAUUCAAUAAAA